CUUGGCGACGGUAGGGGGGGUACGGAAGCGUUGCCGUGCGGCGUGAUCUCCGCGCUGCGUGGAUGGAGGAAGCAGCUGCUGAUCUUUUGACACAGCGCGAGCGAAAGACUACCGCAUGAAAGCACUGGAGCUUUUGUCGUCGGACGCGACAGUAGAAUGCACGAAUAUAAGAUCUGGCUCUUGGCUGUAUGCAGUUGCUGUCCCACAAAAGCUGAAGAAACCCUCCUGGUUUGAUGGGUCCGAUAAUCGGGAUGUCUCCAGAUAAGAAAGCCGAAUCUCCUGGAGCGCAGGUUGUGUGUGGAGCUGGGACUCUUCCUGAAGCAGAGAGUGCUUCCAGUCCCAUGGCUACCAGUCUGGACCAGAUUGGUCGGGCUGGAGCAUUGAGCGUGGUUGCGGGUGAGUCUGAAGAUGAUGAACUAACCAACUUGAACUGGCUUCAUGAGAACUUGCUGCAGAACUUCACGCUCGGAGGCGAGGCGCAACCCAUCAAAAGCCCGCUGUUUGACAUUGAGGGAGGCGGUGGGUCGCCACACAGCAACACCACCUCGUCCACCUCCUCUGUCUCUGCGGGAAGCGAGAGAGAUCCUUACAAGUCAAAGCCUCCCUUCUCUUUCUCCUUACUGAUAUACAUGGCUAUCGAGCAGUCCCCCAGCAAAUCUCUCCCAGUGAAGGACAUCUACGGCUGGAUCCUCAAACAUUUUCCGUAUUUCUCUAGUGCCCCUACUGGCUGGAAGAACUCAGUGCGCCACAACCUGUCCCUCAACAAGUGCUUCCGCAAAGUAGAGCGAAGCAUAGGAAAGACCAAUGGGAAAGGCUCUCUGUGGUGUGUUCACCCCGAGUUCCGGCCCAUGCUGAUGCGAGCCCUGAAGAAACAGCACUUCCCGAAUGCACAUGCCUUCUGCACUCCCCCUGCUUCCCCUCCUAGUGCCUCGUCUCCUCCUCAUCAUCUUUUCACAUCAGAGCAGGGCUGUGCCCUAAAAGAAUGUGAUUUUGAUGCUGCCACUGCCAUGAUGCUGUUAAAGUCUGCCUCUGAGCAGAACAUUAACUCAUACCCAGAUGACCAAGAAGGACCCAUAGAUCUCUCCCGAAGGGACUCUGUGGUUGUGAGUCGGGAUCCAAAGCAGGAUCACAACUACAGUAGCUCCCCUGUCCCGCCCUGCCCUCGCCAGAUGCCUCUUUCACAGCCGGUCAACUUCAGCCUGGCUCUGCACCGUGAUCAGGAGAGAGAAGGCCGGGCCCGAUGGCCACGCAGCCCACUGCAGGGUCCGCUUUUAGGGAAGAGGAGCAGAAGAGUUUCUCGGCCAGAAGUGGAUGAGGAGCUCAAGGAGGCGGCCGGCUCGCUCCUACACCUGGCCGGUAUUCGCACAAGUUUAGUCGCCUCAAGACGCAAGAGCAGGAAACUCAGUAGGAAAUGACCCUGAUUCUGUAACUCCGUCCUGUGGCCUGUCCAACCUCUCUCUUCUGGUUUGGUGUAUCUUCCUUCUUGUUUGUAAUUGUUGGGAUGAUUUUCUUUCCUUUCGUCUUUUUAACUGGGAUAUCGUUCCGGUCCACUCAUCAAACAUGGCAAUACAAACACAGGAGAGAAAAGCCAUACUGACAUGUUUUAUGUACAGAAAAAGAAACCGAUUUGAAUGAAUGGCCCACAUCAUUUGAGUUUUACAGUAAGAGAGUUUGAAGAUGUUAAUCGUAAAAACAAAAAAGAGAGAGACGCUGGUAAAAAAAAAAAAAAACUUCAAGAUUUGCAUGCUUCCACCUCUAAAUCAAACUUAUUUAUAUGGAAAAUGAAUGCAUGGAUUUUACAAGCUCCCAAGACCUAUCAUGCAUCUUAACUAUAGAGGGAAAAACAGCUUAAAAAAGUGAAAUUUGAAAGUGCCAUUGAUUUUGGAUCAUAAUAUAAACUUGAUACAAAAGAAGAAAUGCAAUAAUUAGUUGACCUAAAUACCUGUAGUUAUUUUAUUUUUGUACUGCUGGUUUAUAUCUCGUGUGGUGGUGACGGCAUGCCCCUGGGAGCCUUUUGCUGCCGCAGUUAUGAUGUCAAAACCAUGUGGCUCCUCCCGUGCGUCCUGAUUGGAUCAGUUUUGCAUCCCCAUCCUGACCACUAUGACUGGAGAACAGCUUGAAGGAUACAGCUUUUGUUGCAUGCACAUCAGCCUCAAUGUUUCUCAGAUGCUAGCAAUCUGUAUAAUCAGGUGUUGUGCUAUUCCAUGUGCACUGACUUGAUUAAAUCAUUGCCCAUGCACAUAUUGCUUGCUUUUGGAGCAUACUAAAUAGCGGCCAAUCAAAACAAGAACCUCUUUACCUCUACUGUAAGAUUUGAACCACUCUCUCCCCGUCCUGCUCUAUGACUUUUUGGGUCACUUCUACCCAAAUCAGGUCUUUUCCAUCUUUUUCUUGAUUUAAACUGUGUGACAAAGCCUCCAGCAGGGGGAGCUCUGUGAAUCGUCACUUUCCAUUGCUGCUUUUGAACUGGCGCUGUGCUGCUCCAGACCUCCAGAGAGUUCCCAGGGCUUCAGAUGAAACCAGAGACAAUGUGAACUGCACAGUAAACGCGCCUGCAAGUAGAGACAAAGACAUUCUCCCAUCUUUUAAGCUUGCGGAUGGUGCUGCUCAUGGGAGAAAGGACCACAGGAAGUGAAGCUGGGGAGAGUGGACAGUAUAUUUGAGGAGCAUGACAGUAAUGGGAGAGCCUACUGGAUGUGAACUGAGAACUGUGCCACUAAGAACUCUUUGAGAUCGCCAAAGUUGCUGCUUACAAAACUUGCCUGGCUGUGUAUUCCCUGUGAUCCCAGAAUGUUUGUUUGUUUAAUAUCGGGUUUUUAAGUGUUUGUUUGAGGCUACAUUAGGAUUUUAUAUACCCAAGCAUGUGAAAUUGUGAAGUAUAACUGCCACUUGCCCCCCUACACUGGCAAACCAGAACUUUCUGUUUGAGUUGAUUACUUUAAAAUUGCCUAUCCUUAUAAAGCUCUUUCCCUGUCACUUUAACCAUGGCUGCCAAUUCGUCCCCUCUAAGCUGUACAUAGUGCUAAUUACAGAAUGCAAGUAUUAAUGCAGGGAGGGGGACAGAGCAGUAGUUUUAGAAUUUGAGGCCAAGUCUGAAAACAGCUGCCUAUUAAUUAUUGUUAUUAUUAUUAUUAUUAUUAAGAUAAGGUCCACUAACUGAGUUGCCACUUCGCCAUAAAUUUUGACAUGUUCUUCUGCCAUAUAUGUGGCAGUCUGAACCUGAUUUUUGAUUUUGUAAGCUAACAUCUGUUAAUAAAAGUUUAUAAAGUUUAUUUUUGCCAAAGAUAUGCAAUUGUUGCAUUAUAUAUGGUAUUAAAGAAUAAAAGAGUUUUUCUUUUACUGA